AUGGGUACUCCAGAGCACUCUCGUGAACCUUGCCCUGACCGUAUACUUGAUGAUGUUGGUGGAGCAUUUGCUAUGGGCGCUGUUGGAGGUGCAGCUUUCCACUUCUUAAAAGGAAUUUAUAAUUCUCCAAAAGGAGACCGAUUAAUUGGUGGUACCCAAGCAGUCCGCAUGAAUGCAGGUCGAGUUGGUGGUGGUUUUGCUGUGUGGGGUGGACUCUUUUCCACAUUUGAUUGCUCAAUGGUUUAUCUUCGACAAAAAGAGGACCCUUGGAACUCAAUUAUUGCUGGUGCAGCGACCGGUGGCUUUCUUUCGGUGCGUCAAGGGUUUGCUGCUUCUUCAAGAUCAGCCUUGUUUGGUGGGGUACUGCUAGCCUUGAUUGAGGGAGCUGGAAUUAUGAUAAACAAAAUGGUGGCUACACAACAAGCUAUGCCACAGUUCGAGGAGCCAUUGCCUGCUGGCGGCAUCCCUGGAUAUCAAAUGGGUGGACUGCCUGGUCAAGGACUACCAGGUCAAGGUCCUGUGACUGUUGAAAGCACGGGUUCUGGAUCUUCAUCAUCCCCAUCUGAAUCAUCAUCUUCAUCAUGGUUUGGUGGUUUCUUUGGUGGUGGAAAGAAGGAUGAUGCAGCUACGAGCAAAGGAAGCAAAACUGAGGUCUUGGAGAGCUUUGAUGCUCCCGCUCCACCAACAUUUGAUUACAAAUAA